AUGGAAGAUUUAACAGAAUCCCCGAAUGAUUUCGUAUCUAGUAAUUCAACACAAAAUAAUAUUAAUAAUACUAAUUCAGAAGUAGUGAGUAGUUCAUAUUCCACUAAAGAUCACUGGGAGAUAGUAUUGCAUAACAAUCAAAGAGUUUGGCAAUGCUUACAUUGUAAAACAAAAGUGUAUUCAAUAAAUACUAGUAGAACACACUUUAAAAACCAUACCUUAACAUGUCCUAGCACUCUAGCAAGUUUGAUUCAAGAUAAAACAUUCAAACAGAUUACUAAAGAAGAUGUUGACAAUUUGAUAGUAGACUUAGUUAUUGGAACAGGGAUGUCCUUUAACAUUCUUAACAAUCCAUUAUUUCAUAAUAUGGCAAGAAAGCUUUAUUUUGUUACUAGUACAUAUAAAGUCCCACAUCCUACAACAGUAUCACGACACCUUACUGGUAAUAUAUUUAAUAAAAGAUUCGAAUUCAUUAAAAAUAUAUUAAAUAAAUGUUUAGGAAAAAUCUCAAUAACAUGUGAUGGAUGGCAUUCUACAGUUCAUAAAUGUCAUUAUGUUGUAAUUACUGGUUCAUGGAUUAGUGAUGAGUGGCAAAUAGUUAAUAUUGUUCUAAGUUUCCAAAAAUCUGGUCAGACAGCUAAAGAAAUUAUAUCAACAAUAUUGAAUACAUUAGAAAAUUAUUCUAUUAAAAAUAAAAUAUUUGCACUUACGUAG